GCGGGGGCUCGCCGUGUCGGCGCUGGCCGAGGCCGAGGAGGCUCGCGCCGCCGCGGACGGGGACGUGGUGCGGGUGCACUAUGGGCUCGCUGGAGGACGGCACCGUCUUCGACUCCUCCGAGGGCAGGGCCCCCUUGAGCUUCACGCUCGGGCGGCGGCAGGUGGUGCCCGGCUUCGAGGGCGCCGUGCGCGGGCUGCGCCCCGGCGAGAAGGUGUCAGUGACCCUGCCGCCGGAGCAGGCCUACGGAGAGCGCCGCGAGCAGCUGGUCCUCACCAUCGACAAGGACAGGGCGCCGCAGGGGCUCGAGGUCGGAGCGCAGGUGCAGAUGCAGGCCGCCAGCGGGCAGGCCGUGCAGGCCACGGUGGUGGAGGUGGCGGCGGACGGCGCCGUGACGGUCGACGCCAACCCGAGGUUGGCGGGCAAGACGCUGCUGUUCGACAUCGAGUUCGUGGGCUUCAAGGAGCUGCUGGCGCCGGCGGAGGCGCCCGCCGGUCGGGAGCUGGCCACCUUCGCCGCGGGCUGCUUCUGGGGCGUCGAGCUGGCCUUCCAGCGGGUGCCGGGCGUUGAGUCCACCUGCGUCGGCUAUUGUCAGGGGCACCAGGAGAAGCCGACGUACGAGCAGGUCUGCUCCGCGCAGAGCGGGCACACAGAGGCGGUGCGGGUCGUCUUCGACCCGCAGGUGGUGUCCUUCAAGGAGCUCCUGAAGGUCUUCUGGCCGCGCGUGGGCAAGAACGCGACCACCCUGAACCGGGCAGGCAACGACACGGGGCCGCAGUACCGCAGCGGGGUCUACUACCACAGCGAGGAGCAGAAGGCCGCCGCGGACCAGAGCGUCGCAGAGCUGCAGGCCACGCUCUCCGAGCCGAUUGUGACAGAGGUGGAGCCAGCGGCGCCCUUCUGGCUGGCGGAGGACUACCACCAGCAGUACCUCGAGAGGGGCGGGCGCGGCGGCAGCCCCCAGAGUGCGGCGAAGGGGUGCACCGACACGAUCCGCUGCUACGGGUGCAACAUGGGAUGUGGACAGGCUAAAGAGCCCAAAGGUAAGAAUUCUGGCGCCAUUCCGGAGGGUAAACCCGUCCUCCAUUAUUUCGAUAUCAGUGGGCGGGGCGAGUUGAGCAAGCUCAUCGCUGCUGUCGGUGGCGUCGAGCUCGAGGUGGUAGAGUAUCCGUUUCAGGCCAAUGGUGCAUCAGUUGCCGACAAGGCGAAGGCGGGGGCAAUGGAAUCCGAGCACACAAAAGCGGCCAAAGCGAUGGGUAUGGAAGGUUGCGGUCUGCCAAUAUUAGUUCAUGGUAGCCUCAAGAUAAACCAGAGCGCCGCGGUCCAGGAUUACUUGAUGGGUAUCGGUCCAACGUACCCGCCUGUCAACCCAGUUCAGAAGGCCAAGGAUGACAUGUUCGAGGGUGCUUUGGAGGAUGCCAUGGGUCUUGGCGCAGGCAUCGUCCUUAGUGGUUACGACGGUUCCUUGAUGGUUCCUUUCAUGGAAAAGACACUGACCCAUCUGAGCAAGUACAUUCCAGAAAGUGGGUUCGUGAACGGUUUCGACGCGCCGACCAAGGCAGAUUUGGUCAUCCUCAUCCUCACCCAGGCGCUGAUCCCGUUCAAGGCCACCUUAGGCGAAUACGAUUUUGCAAAGUUCCCCAAUGCCAAGGCUCUAGGAGAAAGGACCGCUGCAUUCCCUGCUGUUGCCAAGUGGCUCGAGCACAAGCACUGCAACCUCAAGAAGCCGCCAAUGGAUCAUCAGUACGCGCAGGUUUGUCUGGACGCGGAGAAGGCCCAUUUGAAGGCCAGCAAAGCCACCUGGGGUUUCUUGGCGCGCGCGGUCCAUAUCAUUGGGGAGUACUCCAAGGCGUUUGAGCCCCCAAUGACCCCCGUUGGUCAGCCCGUGGAGCGAAUCAGUUUGACACUCGUGGAGCACGAGAUUUAUCGCCUGCCGACUCGUGCUGAAUGGCGCUGCAGGAAGUGUAAUAUGUCGGCCAGGAGCGAAGCCACACUGCGAGUGAUGUGCAGUGGGGCUGCUAGGCGGUGCCAGGGCAGUGAUCUGGAGCGCUGCCGCGCUGACAUCAUUUUCUCUGCCGAACCCCAGGCUCGUCUCCACACUGCGAGCAGCCCCGCGGUGUCAGACCCUGUUCCUCCCUCGCUGGGCCAGGACCCCUCCUCUCCUUCCGUGCCCGACGCCGCGGUGGGGGCUGGGUUGAACGCCAUCGCUGCUCUGGGCCACAGGCCCGUCCGCCACGGUAGGGUGAUCAUCUGUCAGAGGUGCGCUGGAUACUGGAUCCUCCCCGACGGCAAAUGCCGCAAGCUUGGUCGAGUGUGCGAAGGGGAGGCCAAGGUAGCCAGCACGAUUCAGAAUCACCGCAUGUACUGGCGACACGCAGAGGCGGACGGCGCGGCGGCGAUCAUCGUCGCCGACAGCGACUUCAUGGACCAGAGGCUGGGGCACGACAGGAUCAGCUCCAGCAGCGGCGUCCCCUCGGCCGCGCUCGGCCCCGCCGCGAGCGGAGGCGGCGCCGUGAUCCUCGGCGGCGGCGAGGCGAGCGGGCCACUGUACCCCCCGCCGGUCAUCGACGAGUCGAUGUUCAGCUGCGAGCACGCGGCGCGGGCCGCCUUCGCCCAGGCGCAGCUGCUGCCUGGCGACAUCGACUGGUCUCCGGGGGAAGAAAGUCCACGGAGAUCCAGGCGUAUUCGCCGGGCUCUUCGGGCGUUUUCGAGCGUUGCGAGUUCUGUGCGCCACGGCCGUGUUCGCCAGGCUUCGGGCCUCGGGGCUAUCACAGGUCGAUCUGGCUCGACACAUGUAGCAGAAAGAUGUCGUCUAGGGCCCCGGUCGUGCUUUUCUGCGAUGCUGCAUUUUUUUGUGCAACGUCCAGAUCUCCGGGAAGAUGCCGAUUUCGCUGCCCUUCCCUGCGAACCCCGAACAUGUCCAUGUCCACGCCCUCGCGGUCUGGAUGCUGCGGCGUGA